CUGGGACACAAACAGUGGUAGAGGAGCCCGACCAGCGGCUUCCAGCGCGGAGGAGAGACGGCGAGAAGGAGCCACGACAACCCGCUACCGGAGACCCGAGCAAGUGCGUCUUCACACCCGACCCCGCCGUUCUGUUGUCCGGGUGCACAGGGGCUGCGGGUCCCGCUCGAGUCCGCACAUUGCAGCCGUGAGAGCUAGUUAGCUUACGGGAGAAAGUUAGCCUCGGUGGAAUUCAUGCUAGUGGCUUGACGUUAGCUCCGUGCUGCUGCUGCUGGAAAAAGUUUGAGUUUGUUUUGCUCCUGGUCUCAGUCCGGGGACGUGUCGGAAUUGUUUGCCCUCGCAGCUCGUGUCCUGCUGUCCUGACCCCGCCUCCAUCAUCUGUCCUGAAGCGGUAGAAGAGGAGGAGGAGGAGGGAGACGAGGAGAGGAGGGGGGACAACAACUCUGAACAUGGCGAGUUUCUCCGACAGAGGUAUUCAAAGUGGCUCUUUCAAGUGGUCGGACCGGCACGCAGCCCCGCGGGUGGAGCCCAGAUAAACCCGGUUAGAGCAGACAUCUCGUGUGAUGGCCAAGGACAGUGACGGAUUUCACGUGUGUGUCUCAUUGCACAGUCGCAGAGUGAAUUCAUCUCCAACAUAAAGUUUGUCAGGACUGACUGGAACCUUUAACCUCACAGCUGUCUUCAGGUGGAACACUUCAUCUGCUGCUCCCCCAGAGCUCAUCUGAGGGCCAACAUGUCGGGGUCAGGGGCCACGACCGUGCAGCUGCUCACCAAGCUUGUGAAGCAUGCAGUGGGCAAGGCUCAGAUCCAGCUCAACCGCUGGCUGCAGAGGACUGCCACAGAGGACUGUGACAAAAUCGACAUCCUGAUCUGCAGCGCCUUCGACGAGAGAGGAGCCGGAGCGGGGAAGUCGGACGGUGACCCGGUGGUGACCGGUGACCCGGGGGGGACGAGCUUUGCCGCCAGUGGAGGAGACUUCAGACACCCCUGCUGCAUCACCACCUUCUGCUUCAAGGGGGCCCUGCUGGCGUGCAUCCUGACCGCCGUGUGCUUCUCCUCGGUCGCCCUUGUGCGCCAAUACCUCAAGGACCUCCUGCUCUGGGUGGAGAGCUUGGACAGCUUCGUCGGGGCCUUCCUCUUCAUCGUCGGCUUGAUUAUUGUGUCGUUCCCCUGCGGAUGGGGAUACAUUGUUCUUAAUGUGGCAGCUGGCUACCUCUACGGCUUUGUGCUGGGCAUGGGACUGGUAAUGGUGGGAGUGUUAAUAGGGACCUUUGUGGCACACCUGGUUUGCAAGCGCUUACUGACCGACUGGGUUCUGAACAAGGUUGGGAACAGUGAACAGCUCAGUGCUGUCAUACGAGUGGUGGAGGGAGGAAGUGGACUCAAAAUUGUGGCCUUAGCGAGACUCACCCCCAUUCCCUUUGGGCUUCAAAAUGCAGUUUUCUCGAUCACAGAUGUGUCGUUGCCAAACUACCUGGUGGCCUCGUCUGUGGGUCUGUUGCCCACCCAGCUCCUCAACUCCUACCUGGGCACCACGCUCCGCACCAUGGAGGACGUCAUCGCUGAGCAGAGCAUCAGCGGCUACUUUGUGUUCACCCUGCAGAUUGUCAUCAGCAUCGGCCUGAUGUUCUACGUCGUGCACCGGGCUCAGGUAGAGCUCAACGCCGCCCUCGCCGCAUGCCAGAUGGAGCUGAAGUCGUCCCACAUGAACGGGUCCUCCACCAAUCACAGCAGCUUCAACUACUGCAGCAAGAGGGCGACAGCUGGAAGUGGAAACUGCGUUAAUGUGGUGUGACCCUCAAUUAACUACAUGAGGUGGUAGCUCCUAUGACAGAGCUGUAGGACGACAGAUCUGAAGUGGGCGGCCCAAAACCCGUUGGUGGUGGUGCGGUACGUCUUCACCCUUGUGACGAAAAACUCUAAAGUGUACUCCUUCAAGUUUUUGAAGACACAGUACUUCUUCUUUUUCAACAAGUAUUGGGACCACGCGCCUUUUGAAGAAGAGCUGUUGAUGAAAAUAGAUUCAAGGUGUAUUAUAGUGGGAAUUUAUUUUUAAUCUGAAUUAUUUUCAUCCAGGUACUUAACAUUUACUGUUACAGGGGAUGUCAAUGAAAUUAGGGUUUUAAGAGAAAUCAGCAGUGGCUGAAUGAGCGAGGGAGUCAUGUGGAAAAAAAGCAACUGUUGGCAUUGGAUGUCUGCUAAAACUAUGAAUGUGCAAUCUGGAGCUCUCUAGACAACCAAGGAAUUGUUUUCAGUGUCAAAAGAAUGCCAACCUAUGCACCUUUUAACUCAUACUACAUCUCUUUUUUAUUUAAUUUCAGGAUAUUUUAGGAUUUGUCAAGGUCCCGUGUUAAUUUACGAUGAUGUACAUAAUAAGGGCAUUAAUAACAUUUUUGUAAGAAUUUGGCUUUUUAGUCCAGUUAAUUUUGAAGUGUCUUAUUUUGGGACUGCAGGGCCAGGAGCAGCGAGUCCUACAGGCCUCUCCGACUUGCUUAUGACCACAUCAGCUGAUUUGGCCUCCCCCUGCCCGCAGAUCAUUUUAGCACUUCUGCGGUUUUGAGAAGCAGCAGCUGGAGAGGGGAGAAGAAUUCACAGCAGGAAACUCAGGAACGGGUCUGGCAGGAAAGUGGAUCUGCACAGGGCGAGCAGCUCCUCAGCAGCACAGCCACAUGCUCGGCUGCAGAAACUGUGCAUGUGGCUGUGCCUUCUUUUGAAAGUUUAUGACUACCCUUGGGUUUACAUUCGCUUUUUUUAAACUUAAUACAUAGUUUUUGCUUAAGAUAGUUUUGACAAUGCUGUGCAAUACAUCAGUGAGGAAGUGUGAAUGUCAUAUAUUACAGUGCUGAAACCAAACUAAUCAGAGAUGAAAUGUCAUGCAUGACAAAAUAACACAAAGCUGUUUUUUGGGGGGUAAGCUGGAUGAGAUAGAGAGGCUGUUAUUUUCUAUGUGCCAUAAUUUGAUAAAGUUUAUUAGACGUUGUAACACUAGCUCCACCUGAGCUGAGGCUGUGUGACUUAUGACUUUAUUUUAUUACUGAAUAAUGUUGAUAACGAUAGGAAUGACCUGUGAAGAAUCCUAAUGUUUAUUCUCUUGAUGACACACCGACAUACUCUCAUCGUGCAUAUUCGUAUGCACAGUCCACGAGGACAUUAUUAUCAUGAAGAUAAGUUAAAGUGGGAAGGGGUUUGUUUGGUCAGGAGAUGGAACAUGGGUCUCAGAAGCUGACAAUCAAAUACUAAAGCGAUGAAUGUGAUGAUACUUUUUAUUUUUACAUCAAUUAUUGUGAUGCUGCUCCCCAGUCAAAAUCCGAUUGAGGAAUAUAAAGGGCUCCUAUAUGAAAUAUCCAUUUUUGUGUCCCUACAUCGGGUUAAUGUUUGCCCACAUUCCAUGCUGUCAGUGUGAAAAGAUGUCAAGUUAUUCUCAUGUUGUAUGUUGGUUGAAAGGGCCCCUUCCUGUCUGAAUUUAGCAAUAAUGUUUGAAAGUCGAGAGCAAAAAAAAAUGAAAUAUUAAUCAGAUAGAAGUCCCACCAAUAAGAUCUUCAGCCAGUUGUUGAGGAGUUGCUGUUUGCAUCCAAAGUUCCAGACAUAUUUGUCAUCUGCAUUUGAUUCGUCGGUCAAUUCCCGUUCCUCAGUAAGAUUGAGUUUCAUAAUUCCCAGGUUUCCGUUCCAAUGUUCGCCCUGCCUUUUACCUCCUCCUGCCUCCAUCUCUGUGUUGACUAAAACGUGGAGGUGAGACGCCACCUCUGAGAUCAGAACAGCCUGUUCAGCUUCUCAACGCUUUGUUCGGAGAGUCACUUAGCCCGCUGGUCACGUAAUAAUUGCGAUCAACCUCCCUGUUACAUGAAAAUCUUGCUAAUUGCACCUGAGCAUUUUUCCAGCGUCCUACUUGAAUUGAAAGUUUACGUAGAGAGAGACCAGAUCAUGUUUUUAUGGCUGCGGGCUUCAUAAAAUGUACUCUCCUCCCUUUUUAAAGGCAUGGAAAUUAAUGUAAAUGGGAAAAUAUAAAUACACAAGAUUUUCAUCUGACAGCAGUGGACUGUUCCUACUCUCCAAAUAAAGUGUGAAUUGUUCAGCUGCUCCCCUCAGAAGUGGGAGAGGAGUGGACGUUACACCGUGUUCGAUUCGAAAAUAUAGAAACGGGAAACUUGAACAGCCACCGCGGGCACCCUUCAUAAUAUUUCAGCUUCUCGACCAGGAAAAAGGAUUUUGGAAAAACAAGCAGUUUUUACGGCAAAGGCUUUGGUUCUUUCUAGGUGGGCUCUAUUUAACUUAGAUCUAGUUAUGCAACAACUGGUCCUAAGGGAAGUAUAUUUCAUAGGCACCCACACAAGACCUGGGUCUGGGACGUAACUGCACACCUGUCCUCUUACAGGGGACUACAGUAUGAGCUCAUGAACUUUAAAGGGUCCCGUUUGGUGCUAUGAAAUGCAAUACUUCCCCAUCUGUAUCAAGUGCAUUACACAUAUACUGUAUUUUGUAAUAGAGAGAAUUUUACAGUGUAUAAAUAUGGAUAUUUAUCGCUGUACGAUGCUUGUUCAGUGUUAUUUAUGAGAGAGAAAAUAAAACCUGUCAGGCUUUGUUACAAA